AUGCAUCAACCAGACAACACUAAUGGCCGGGAGAAUGAUGCCGCAGUGACCUCGGGAGACGAUGAUGACCAUCGGCACCAGCGAAGGCUGCCGGACUUCCUUCAGAGUGUGAGACUCAAGUACGUGAAGCUCGGGUACCACUACCUCGUUUCCAACCUCGUCGCCAUCCUCUUUCUACCGGUUAUGAUCCUCGUCGUCUUAGAGGCCAGCCGUACAAGUCCUGACGAUCUUCGACAGCUCUGGCACGGUUUGCAGUACAACAUUGUGAGCGUGAUCGUCUGCUCCAUCAUUCUCGCCUUUGGCACCACAGUUCAUUACAUGACCCGCCCCCGCCCCAUCUAUCUGGUCGACUACGCCUGCUACCGCCCACCUGACCAUCUUCGUGCCCGCUUCCACCAGUUUGUGGAGCACGCUAGGCUCUGUGGCGAGUUCGACGAUUCGUCCUUCGACUUUCAGGUCAAGGUCCUCGAGCGCUCAGGUCUUGGGGAUGAGACAUACGUCCCCGAAGCAAUGCACCACCUCCCGCCGAGGAUAUGCCUAGUCACCGCCAGAGAGGAGACGGAGCAGGUCAUGUUCGGCGCCAUGGACGCUCUUUUCCGCAGCACCGCCGUCCGGGCGAGGGACAUUGGUAUCCUUGUUGUGAACUGCAGCCUGUUCAACCCCACGCCGUCGCUCUCCGCAAUGAUCGUCAACCGUUACAAACUCAGGGGGAACAUCCUCAGCUUCAGCCUGGGAGGCAUGGGCUGCAGCGCCGGCGUCAUUGCCCUCGACCUUGCCAAGGACCUCCUUCAGGUCCAUAGCAACACCUACGCCGUCGUCAUCAGCACGGAGAACAUAACUCAGAACUGGUACUUCGGCAACCACAAGUCCAUGCUCAUACCCAACUGCCUGUUUCGCGUCGGCGGCGCUGCCGUCCUCCUGUCCAAUCGCCGGGCCGAGCGCAAGAGGGCCAAGUACCGCCUGAUGCACGUUGUACGCACCCACCGCGGCGCCGACGACCGGGCGUUCCGCUGCGUCUACCAGGAGGAGGAUGGCGGAGGUAAGGUGGGGGUCUCCCUGUCCAAGGACGUCAUGGCCAUCGCUGGUGGCGCCCUGAAGGCCAACAUCACCACUCUCGGCCCUCUAGUUCUUCCCAUUAGCGAACAGCUUCUCUUCUUCGCGACUUUUGUGGCAAAUAAGCUAUUCAGCUCCAAAGCGAAGCCUUACAUCCCCGACUUCAAGCUGGCCUUUGAGCACUUCUGUAUUCACGCCGGUGGGAGGGCGGUGAUCGACGAACUGGAGAAGAACCUCCAGCUGCUGCCGGCCCACGUGGAGGCCUCCCGCAUGACCCUGCACCGUUUCGGCAACACCUCCUCCAGCUCCAUCUGGUACGAGCUGGCGUACAUCGAGGCCAAGAGGAGGAUGCGGAGGGGGCACCGCGUAUGGCAAAUCGCCUUCGGGAGCGGGUUCAAGUGCAACAGUGCCGUCUGGCAGGCCCUCCGGACGGUAACGCCUUCUCCGGACAAUCCCUGGAAUGACUGUAUUGACAAGUACCCCGUGGAGCUGCUCCACGGCAGCGUCACGUACCUGGGGACGAGGAAACAGUAA